GUAUAAUUCAACAGGGGUUCUUUAUUUUCUGUGUUUUUUGCGGCGCUGUUUCGGCUUUGGACAGCAGCGAGAACAUGGUACGUGGUUUCAUGCCCGGCUGAAAUACGAAAUUAGUGUACAACCAGCGUCUGGUCCCGCAGGAAAAAUCGGACUUCGCCGACGUACCAUUCUUAGCGGGCCAAGAAACAACGAUCAUGCGACGUGCGCAAGCGAGUCGCCGUGUGGCGACGGACCGCGUCGUAGAGAGCCAGUUGCACAACCAUCUGAACGAGCAGGUGCAGCUAUCGUACAGAAAUCUCCGUAGCCUGCAUCACAUUUGCCGCGCAAGUUGGAGAAUGACUCUAUGAUCGCAUACAUCAGUCUGUCAUCCGUCUUUGUAGCUGUCUCUUCAUCUGUGCGGAUACAUUUAAGUAUGGAAGCUUCUAUUAAUAGAUAGAAGUCUUCAUGGUAAGCAGCAUCUGAUGAUCCUAAUCUCGUGGCGCGCGCCAAAUAUGAUACCGUACUACUUAGUGUGUUUCUACCCGAUAGCAGCAGCGGAAAGUUCAGAAGCUCGAAGAGGAACUGAAGGAGGCAAAAUCCGUGCACAAAGUGUUGCUGCAGCAGUAUGACAUGGGCGACUUGGAAGCUGAAGUGCUGGCUAGUCAAAAACAGCGCCAUAUUUCAAAUCUCGAGCAGCAACUGCGGGACGAACAGCGACUGGUAGUGUCGAAGCCGACCGUCGUGGUCCCGGUGCCGAGGCUUGGGCCCCAGGAAAGCAAUCCGCAGGGCGCGCCGAGAGCGUAUACAAAUUAUUUGCACAAGCAUCCGUGUUGUAUGAUACGAAGAUGGAGGCUUUGAUCAGUCGUGUUAGGACUGAAAAAACUCUUGUACGGCCUCUAAUGGGACGCGCUCCUCGUCUCAGACUAGUCUGAUGUCAACAUCAAGUGCAUCGGAUCAUGUGCUCCGUAUUCAAUUCGACGCUAAUUUUACUAGUGUGCUUGUGCACUACCCGGAGUACCCAGAGUUUAUUGGGAAUGUUGUGUGUUUAUUCAGGUUCAGUAAAAAGGAUGAUGGACCCACUGCAGGACCAGGGGAUUCCGAGGUCGUCGCGAAAAAGAACGCCGUCUAUGACUUCGCACUCCCCGGUCAGGAGAAGGAGAACGCAGCGCCGCCAUGGCUGCAGCAGAAUAACGGACAAAAGCCUGGUCGCGAUCUCGUCAGUGCCGAGCCGCCAGUCACGGGCGCAAAGAAAACACGCGCCGAGCGGCUUGCAGAACGGCAGCGAGAGCGCGAGCUGCAGAUGGAAGGGAAUAACGGAAUUACAGUGCCUCGAAAUCUCCCAUCACAAGCACAUCCUCGAGCAGAACCGAUGGAACCUCCGCCGCACCAUCAGGGUGGAUUUGUCGCCAAUGCAGCUCCGUUUGUCUUUGCUGCGGACACUGCUGCCGACAGUGGCCCCUCGCUCGACAACACCACGGAAUUCGACAUGAUCGCGCCGAAGCGCAAAAUGUCGCGCGAGGAAGUCUGGAGGCAAAAGAGGGAGAAGCAUCUGCAGCAGCACAACCUCGGCCCCGACAACGGGGGCAGUGCUGCUCGAGGUGUCGCACUUGAGCCACCCCCGCGAGCCCCCUCGCCCGCGUCGCAGGCCCAGGCCCUGCGGCCGCCGUAUCGGGAGCAGCCGCGCGCGGUUGGGCCGUACAACGAGAAUCCUCCUCUCGCCGAGAACUACUUGGACGAGAGGACGACGAAUGCGCAACCACAGCCCCGCAGCCCGCCGCCGCAGAAAUCGGAACUAGAGCUUUUGCACGAAAUGGGCGACCGCAAGUACGGAAAGCCGAAGAAGCCACGUGCCGCCGCCGCGCAAGUCGAGCGUCCAUACCACCAAGCGCACGUCGUAGAUCAGCCACGGGUUGCUCCCGUCGUAUUCCCAGGCCGCGACAUGAUUUCCGCUCAGGACGCGUAUGAUGAGAGAAUGAUUGGCGAAGUUGCUCGCCCACCUGUCAAUCAAGAGUACCUACGGGGCCGCGGUUCUGCGCGCGGCGACCGACCGAGUAGCUCGUCCCGCACAACAGGAGCUGCUGCAAAUGGCAGGCAGGAAGUAGAGCAAAUACAACAUCAACAGCAACAAGUAGAUUCUGCCCGCGGUGGCCGGCGCGGCGGCGGGGGCCUGUUGGAUCUUGGCGCAACAUACGAGGAAAAGAAAAUGCGAAUUAAGCGCGAGCAGCAGCAAGAGAUGCGUGCCCGGAUGAAGGAGCAACAGCGGCGCGGCGUGCACCCGAUUCUGAACCGCAGAGAUGAACGUGGGCUCGCGGAAUCCCCGACGCGAACACCGCGUGGAGAGUGGAGCCCGGUGCAGAAGAGUGCCAGCGCCGCGAGCGGGGGCUCGCCGAUGCUGAUGAACGACGACUUCUUCAUAGAUAACAUCAACCCCGGGGGCGGGCGUGGCGGAGGACCCUCUGCCCCCGGAGCACUUGCCGCCGCCAACGGGGGCAAUAUGAACAUGUUUGAUCAGCUGGGGCAGGCGCAGCGCGAGAAGCAGGAGAAGAUCCGGCGGGAGCAGCAGCGGGAGAUGCGGCGGGCUAUGAAAGAGCGCAACUCGCAGUCCCCGCUGCGCAAGCGGAGCCACUCGCCCGACCGCGGGACGCCGUACCCGGACGGAGGUCCCGGCGACGAUGGGAAUAACGGGGGCUUUUUCACCCGGCUCGGCGAAGGCGCGAAGCGGAGGCACGAGCAGGCGUUGCGGGAGCAGCGCCGGGAUUUUCAGGACUGGAUGCGGGAGGAGCGAAGCCGCUCGCGCAGCCCGAAGGACAAGAAUCGGAACAACCGAGGCCGCGGACGGGACAUCCAAGAGGACAACUUCUUUGCCAACAUGGGCGCGGCUGAUGCCGACAAGGCGGCCGCGAAGGAGCGGGAGCGCCGGCGCCGCGAGGAAUACGCCAAGGAGCUCGAGCAGCAGCAGCAGGACGCGAAGCAGAAGAAGGAGCGGGAAAAGCGCGAGCGCAAAGAGCCCGAGUGGUGGGAGCGGCAGGGCGACUCGCAGUCGCCGAGCGAUCUGAAGAAGAAGCGGCAGCGGGACCAGAAUGAUUACUACGGCGAGCUGCAGAAACAGAUCGAAGAGAAGCAGAAGCGCCGCGCAGCGGAGGAAAUGGAAAACCGGCAGCCGGAGUGGUGGGAACAGGGUGGUGGUGGAGGCCGCUCCGUGUCUGAACGGCGCGAAGAGGACAGGGCCACGAGAACGGAGCGUCGGGGUCGACGAAGGCCAGGGGAGGACGACGAACCCAGCGUCGGUCGCGUCGAGCAAGCGGGUGGGGGUGCGAACACUAGGAUUGCGCCCGCCUUGGUGUUUGGUGAUGGCGGUAACAACGGUCUUAACAGCUCUCCUACUGCGGGAGACGAGCAGAGGAGAGCAGCCCCGGGGCGACGGGCCGACAUGUUCGACGGCGAUCAGGACUCCGCGUCCUUUGGCCUCAACAACGCGGCAUCCGUCGGCGCCGAGGGUGACAGGAAGAUGGAUCGCGCAGCCAUGCUGGAAGCGCGACGCCAAAAAAGGGGAAGCGGGGUUGGCUUUGUCGGCGGGGGCAAUAAUCGAAGUAUCGAUCUCAAUGCAACGAAUCCGUAUGCCGGUGGCGCGCAAGUACACGGUAGUUCCGCAGAGGCGGAGGACUUUGACGAUGCGCUCGGGAGGACACGCGUGAACAACGGUUCGCUUUCCCAGGACGAAGACAUCGGGAGUUCGUCCGCCGUAGCAGCAGGGACCGGCAUGUUCGGAGCAGGAGGGCCGCCUGGCGUAUCGAGGGCGAUUCCACCCGGGACGCAGGCCAGUGGAACUAUCCACGAGCAUCAUUAUCGCGGCCCGGACCCGCGGUUCACGAACAUCAACGUCAACCAGACAACGCCGCGGGAGGGGGUUCCUCAGCACCCGCAAGACAAACCGUUCAUUGAAAAGAUGUUUACGGAGCAGCAGAAGUGCGCCAACGACCUUCUGACCGAGCAAACCCGGCUGUUCACGCAACAGAUGACGAAGGAGGUGGAGCGGUUGCGAGACGAAAAGGAGGACGCACUGAAAGACCUUUUUGAGAUGAAGGACAAGCUGCUGUACCAGAAGGAGCGCGAGCUGCGGCUGAUGGAGAACCAAUUACGGCUGCAGCGCGGCGAACCUCCGCUUCCGGUCGACACGGUCGUGCCACCUCUGGAGCUGGUCGCUGGACGUCCGGGCAUACAAGACAUCCCAGUGGAAGAGUUGCCGCGCCGGCUCGGGUCGCGGAGUCCCGAUCGGCCCCGCAUCUACUCAUCGCAUCUCACCGAGCAUCUGUCUCCUACCUCGAAGCAGAGACAAGCAGAGCUAACAAGAACGGGGGACCACGAGAGUCAACAUCUCGAUGGCACCGGGCCCGGUCCAGCGUCGACGCGUGUCGCGGCACAAACGCCGGACUUUUCGGUUGCCCCGCUCGACGAAUCGCGCGUACAGAACGAUCUGUCCAAUGUGGAUCCGCAGCUGAGUGGCUCGUUUGGUCCAUCCUCGUUGGAGCUCGCACAGGUACGAUACCCGCCGGGCCGUGGCCCGAAUACUAGCACCGCGACGAACGUAGGAGGGGGGAGUCAGCAGUUCAUCACACCGCGCCCCGACGGGGGGCCGCAGAUGAUUUCCUCGGCUCGGGUACCGCACUCCCGCAUGGACGAAAGUGUGAAGUCGCAUUUGGAAAAGAGCAUGCGCGCAGACUCCAAGUUCGUUCGUCCGGACCAGACGCUGUCGGCCUCCCUGCUGAUCGGUCCGGACCGUUCGCUGGCGCAGGAGGUGGUCGACGGGGUGGGGAAAUUUGUGUUGGAAAGCGUCCUGCGGGGCUCGCACGAUUCCAGCGCAUCUACCUCGAGUGCCUUGGUAGGACAACAGGAAAUAAAUGCGGCGUUGCGACAAAACACGUUCGUCGACACCAAUGGGCGAAUCGUGGAAGCCAACCGGUUGAAGGUGGCGCCGGACAAGCAAAGCUUCGUCGCGUUUCGUACCGGCCACCGCGUCACGCCGAGAACGCUCGCACGAGACGGCGGCGACAUCGAAGAUUUGAACGGCGAGUGCGUCACGAUCCGCGCAGCGGUGGCAAGUUUGGUAGAUUUGGAUAACGAACCGGUUGACCCCCGAACCCUGCAACAGACCGCACUCGGCGACUUCAUUCGGGCCGAGGACGGGACGCACAUCUCUGCCGUCGCGCUCGCGCAGGCGGGCGGCGAGGUCCUGGACACCGAGGGCCGCCAUGUGUCCAUACGAGGCCGCGCAGCCGCCGUGCAGCCACGUGUGCACCCCCAACGCAGUGGCACUAUCGAGCCUCUACGGCAGCAUUCUGUCCUGGAAUCCGUGCUGCAGGAGGAGGAAAAGUCCUUACUUUCUGAGGGUUUUGGGGCGGAGCCAGAACAGUUCAUCGACAUAAACGACAACGUGGUUGCAGCAAAGAAUUUGCAACGCGUGAAGACUGCUGGGACGCUGGGCCUUACACCAGAGGCUUCGUUCUCGUCCACCGGCGCAGUGGCUGCCCCGAAGAGCAAUUGGAGUUUCGUCGCAACGGACGGCGCGCUCGUUAGUGGGAAGGAACUAGCAAAAUGGGGCGGAGAGGUUCUCGAUCUGCACAGCCGGCCCAGAAAGUUGAAGGGGUUGAGGGAGACUUCUCUCGCGGACGACGAGGGACGAGCGGUGCCAACGGCGGUCCUGCAGCGGUCGGGAACGAACUUUCUGACCCCGACCGGCGCAAAAAUUUCUCCGAGGGAAAUUACCGACGCUGGAGGUGUGGUCGUUGACGUCAAGGGCCAGGCCCUCCAUGUGCGGCCCGUCGCGGUAUCGCUUGAUGAGCGCAGUCAAUCCCGGACUGCCACGGAACAUCAACAGCCUAGCGGUCCGGCGUCCGGAGGGGGAUCGGCGAUCGGCAGCCUUGCACUGCCGAAGGAGACGUACUUCGUAGACGACACCUCCGGCCAGCCGAUUUCCGAUGCGACAUUGCUGAAAGCCGAUGCGAGGAUCCCGACCUACGUUGCGGCAGACGGUAGUGCCGUGAAUGUCGCCGAUCUGGUGGAGUACGGUGGGUUAGUGCGGUCCUUGGCGCGCGACCGGCUGGUGCCAGUGCGAGGAAACCGAUCCUCUCAGUGGCAAACGACGGACGGGCUGCGCAUCUCCGACCGAGGUCUCAGGCGAAUCGGUACCAGCUUCGUUGCAAUAGACGGAAGUCCAGUUUCCCCGGCAGACCUGCUGCGAUACGGCGGAGAGGUCGCGCGCGUCGACGGAGACGUCGUCAGCAUUGUUCCUGCAGCGGUGGUACCCACCAGUGCAGGAUUCGAUCACGCCAGCGCUGCAACCGAUACGGAUCGAGGUGUUGACCCCGCUCGACAACGAGAGGUCGAGAAUCUGCAGCGAAUCGGCACCGAUUUCAUUUCCGCUACAACGUACGAGCGCGUUCCGGCGAGCGUUGUCGCCAGGUUUGGCGGUCAGGCCCUGAGAACAAAGUCGGGCGAGACCGUACAGGUCGAAACCUUGAUCGCGACGCAGCCAAAAUUUUUCCACACCAUUGACGAGCGGCGGGGAAUUUCUUUCGCUGACUUGUCCCGUGCACCAAACGGGGUGGACUUCGUCGCUCCCGAUGGAAGUGUGUGCUCCGCCGAGCAACUUGCACUGCAUGGCGGCUCUGUGCUGGACAUACGUGGCAACAGCAUUUCGGUCCGACCCCUCGACGCGGAAAGGGCGCCGCCUCGCCUCCUGCGCACCGUCGAUGGCGGAACGCUGAAGCCAGAGGAUUUGAAACGGUUCGGCGCAGAGUUCGUCGCAGUUGGCUCCGGCGCGCGAGUGCCUGCCGCCGACCUGUUCAAAUUCGGCGGCGAGGUGUUGUCUGCCGGUGGAGACGCGAUCAAAGUUAUUCCGGCUGAAGAAGCAAAUGCGGUGGGGGGGAAUCGUCGUGUCGAAACUUUCGCCCGCCGCGGUGCCAACUUCGUUGCAGCGGACGGCCGAACGCAAGUUGCGCCCGCCGAUUUGGCACGAUUUGGAGGAGCGGUUCUCGAUACGGAGGGCCGGGUAGUGAAGAUUCGUGGCACUGACGCGCCCGCGUUCGACCGAGAGGGAGCCGACGAAGACGAUUUGCAGCGCGUCGGCUGUGACUUCGUGGCUGCGGACAAGUCGCUCGUCGCUCCAGCAACGCUUGCAAUGUUCGGCGGAGAGGUGUUGGAUGAGCGAGGGCGCCGUGUGAGCGUUGCAGAAAAGGACGGCGCGAACCAACUAGGUCAGCUCAGCGAAGCUCGGACUGGUCGCCCCUACGAGGCGCUGAACCUGCAGCGUUCGGGCGCAGGUUUCAUCGCGGUCGAUGGGUCGUAUGUCGCCCCUGAUAGGCUGCUACGCUUCGGCGGGGAAGUUUUGGAUCAAGGUGGACGGAAGGUACUGGUGAAGUCACAACUCGGUGGUGGGCCACUCCAAAUUUCGACCGCAGGUGGAGCUGAUGCACACCUGUCCGAUAUCAAGGUUGAGAAUUUGAAGCGACUCGGAGCCGAUUUUGUGACGGCUGAAGACACGGCUGAACCGGACGGCACCGGCAGCAAAUACCGUCGCGUGAAAGCUGAAGAUCUGAUGCGGUAUGGAGGGAAGGUUUUCGUCGACGCAACUAAACUUUCAGAUCAAGCCCUCGCAGCUUCUACACCUGCCGAGCUGCAAGUCACCAUACCGCCGCCACACCUCAGUACCUUUCGAGACGCAGACACCCAGAAGGAAGUUAAACUCGAUCAGCUGCAGCGCUUCGGUGCAGAUUUUGUCGCCGGAGACGGUGUGACGCGGGUGCCAGCGAAAGAUCUUCUCGCAUACGGCGGUGAGGUGCGGCUAGUAAAACCAGACGGGCAGAGCGCGAAGACCGUGCGGGUAGAUCCGGUGAUGAUCAGCGGAGGAGCAAUGACAAAGCAGCACCGGGACGGCAGCUCUACGGCUACAACACCGCCUGGCGGCGCUCAAUACCUCGAGGUGGUUGACAGAAGCCAGUCCGCACGAACGCAGGCCGGCACGAUCUCUACACCAACAGCAAGUCGCGCUAGGCCGCUGACGGCCAAGCACUCCGCUACGGACUUCGUCAGAAAAGGCGCGAACUUUGUGGCUGGGGACGGCGUCACCGAGAUUCAUCCGCGGGACUUGUAUCGGUACGGGGGUGAAGUUUUGAUGGUCAAGGACAAAACAAUCGUCGAUCAUAGGAGUUCACAGCAAGAAGCAGUCCCGGUGACGGUUCUGCCAGUGGAAGGGACCACAGCUACGUCUGUUUCCUCCCUGUCAACAAGACUUUUGGACACCUCCACUCGUGACCCGGUGUCCAUCACGGCGCUUCGCAGAAAAGGAGUCAGCUUCGUUGCCGCCGACGGGCGGUCUGCGGUUUCGCCAAAGGAUCUAGAGACUUACGGCGGGGAAGUUUUGGACCUGAGCGGAGCCCGGGUUUUGCUGCAGCCGGCGCACCACUUCUCCAACCCAGCGGGAGGUGCACCGGCGAAGGCGAAUUCAAAUUUUGUCUUUGACAUUUUGGACGAUGAGGAGAAAAAAACACUACCGGGCCAGGAAAGAACCGAAGCUGGCGUGCGAUAUUUGCCGGCGAAACUGAAGAAGAUCGAGGCCACGCGGCUGCAGCGCAACGGAACGGAUUUCGUUGCGGUGGACGGCAGUCAGGUGCCGGCGAAGAAAUUAAUCGUCUUCGGUGGCGAGGUGCUGGACAUUGACGGUCGUGCAGUGUCCGUCGCCCCCAUGUCAGCGGCAAACGCCUCCAGCAUCGGCGUUGAUGUCAAAAGUAGUGUGCUGCCGGAAGUUUUUCAAGAAGCGAAGACGACAACUACUGCCACCGUUAAAGCAACUUCUUCCACAGGGGCUGCACGAGAGGUGCAGUCUCGGGUGCCCGUCGGACAGUUGCAGCGCCUCGGGGCCGAUUUUGUCGAUUUGGACGGCGCAACACCCGUGGACGCCGCCCUUAUCGCGGAAUACGGAGGAACCGUGUUGAGCAAGCAGGGAGAGGCGGUUACGCUCUUACCUUCCGGGGCAGAUGGAAAAGCUAGUGUUGCCUUCCUGCCAACGACAACUGUGAAGGCGACCAGGGUCCUGACGGCCGCCUCGCUGGAUGCCAGCACGAAAAAUCCCGCGGUGCUGUUCGAGACCGUGCCUGUUGCAGAACUCAAGAGAAGCGGAGCCAGUUUCGUCGCGGCGGAUGGGACAGUGGUUUCUCCUGGCGCGCUGUUUCGCUUCGGGGGAGAGGUGGUCGACCUGCACGGGCGGCGAAGGACGGUGCAGCCGUUUCCGGACUUCGCGAAACCAUUGACAUUCGCUGAGAAUCUGCGAACUGCUACUCCACUUCCUGAAGACCAGGGUUUAAUACGCAACGGCGAAGGUGCUAUCCUGCGCCUUGUCCCAGCUUCGCAACUGCAGCGACUCGGCGCCGAUUUCGUUGGCGUCGACGGGACUCGAAUCAGCCCAAUUGCCAUGUCGCACACUGGCGGCAAGGUGCUUGACGUCGACGGCCACGUUGUGGAUAUCAGGCCGGCGUUUGUGGGCGCUAACGUGGGAAAGAUUGCUGCGGAACAUCAAUUCGCUUCUCCGACAAGCGCAACUGCCAGCACGGACAGAGGAGCUGCUGUGCCGCAGCUUUUGAUGAAGCGCGGUGAUGAUUUUGUGAGCGCUGACAAUCCUGGAAAAGCAAUCUCGCCGGCAGAGCUCGCAACGUCUGGUGGCCGUAUACUUGACGUCAGUGGCGCUACCGUGACAGUCAGUCCAUCUGUUUCCGCAGCCGCCGGGGGUGCAGUUGGCGCCUUCUUUCCUGCAAACGAUAGAUCGAAAGGACAAGCAAUAACUGCAUCCAGUGUGGACGGUACCGAAAUUCCGGCGAGCGUUUUGCAGACCAAGAGUUCCACGUCAAAGCAGACCGGUGUUACGUCCGAGAUUGAUCAACACCCGAAAAUAGUGAGCCGAGGUACUCGACGCACACACUCUCUACCCUUGUCCAAAAGCACCGGCUUUAUCUUCGAAGAUGUCACCGGCACCCCAGUGCCACUGGCCCGGCUGAAAAAGACCGGAACCUUUGACGAUUUGAUUCUGUCGCCGACGGGGCGCCCGGUGUCUCCCGAGCGCUUGGAGCAGCUCGGCGGCGAGGUGCUCGAUCUUCAGGGUGCCGUUGUCUCGCUCCAACCGUCCGUAAGCGAGGACUUCUUCGACAAAAGCUACCAGCGGGUCUCCGCGAGAAUCCUGCAGCGUGACCCAGCGACCAACCACUUUUUGGACGCCUUCUCCCCCACAACGACCAUACCAGAACACGUCUUGCGCAGAUCUGGGGGCACGGUUUUGGAUCUGAACGGAAACCCGGUUGCAGUUCUGCCUGCGGAGAACGAGGAAGUCUUCGUGCUCACGGACGGCGGGAAAAUCCCGAAGACCAACCUGCAGCGAAGAAACGUCGACGGGGCCGAAGUUUUCCUUGUUCCCGAAAGCAGGAGUUCCCCUGCGCGUCCGGUCUCCGCGGCGGAUUUGGCGGAAGCUGGGGGAGAAGUUUUGGACCGCAACAAUCGCGUAGUCGCGGUCAAGCGUGCCGCACGCUACGACGGCGAAUUCGUAUCCGCCGACGGGGAAACACUGGUAUACCCAGAGCAGCUGCAAGUCGUCGGCCGUGUCCCGGGCGUUUUCCUGGCAGGCGAGGAUCCCUCCGCUGGCAAGGAAAGAAGUGCCCAGAAAACGGUGCAACUAAGAGAACUUGCCUCCGCUGGUGGGACCGGCAUCGACCGGACAACGGGGCGUCGGCUCGCCAUCGCAAACAUCCUGCGAGAAGAGGGGGUCAAGAGCCUGAUCGACGUAAAAACGCAGAAGUACGUUCCAACAAAAGCGCUCCUGCGCGACGGCAAGGCCUUCGUGGAUAUCGACGGAAAGCCUCUGUCCGCGACGGAACUGGUGCGCAACAGUAAGAAGGGAGGCCAGCAACUGCGCGACGUGAGUGGUCGGAUCGUGACAGUGAAGCCGGUCGUCGACGAGAAAAACAGAAAGCCGUUCACGUCUUCAAACUGGGACAGCACGGCCGUGUUCUCCAGCGCGCUUGCGGAUGAACCGCCUAUUGCGGUUUCCAAACUCCAGAAGCAGACCAUCGGAACACAUUCUUUCUUCGUUCGUCCACCAAACUUCGGCGCGGCCACCGACACGCCCGCUGGGAUACAUGAGCCAAAUUUGGUGUCCCCCGAGAAGCUCAUCCGCGAGGGAGGCCCGGUUUUGGACAAACAGGGAAAGAUAAGGCUGCUGGCGAAGCAAAUGGACUAUAUGUUUCAGGCUGAAGUGGAGGAGAAAGCAGCGAGAAACUCACAACAGGCCAGUAGUGCUAGUAGAAGUAGGAUUUUUGGCGACGUGUCGUUUCCGCCGCUCUCGUCCUCGUUUCCCACAGCACACCCUGAGAAUCAAACGCCGCAAAUUCGUACCCACGACCGCAGUGCGCGCGUCAAGGCGCUCGAGAGCUCGCUGGCCGGUGACUCCAGAUUCGUGGUGGCGGAGGAUCCGAGACUAUUGAGUUUUCGCAACUACCCUGCUGCAGAUGAGCAGGCGACGCCCGCGAUGCCCUCGCGAAUGCGAGACGCGCAGCAGCUCUUCCCAGUAGCGGAGGAGCCAGGAGUCGCUGGUGCCGCCUCCAUGUUCAGUGACCAAUCUGGAGCGGGACCACAAACUCCAAUACAACAACUACACCGCAACAUGAUGAUACCGCCGUCGUCUAGCGGCCUGACAAUCGAUCCUGACUCCGUUGCCCAGCGUCGCCCGCCGUACGACUCUUUUGCAAAAAAUGGAACGGAGUUCGAGCCGAUUCCCGAACAGCUCUACGUCCGUGACGCCAGGGGCAACUACAGCCGCGUGCCGAAGGUGACGUUUCGCCGGGAGCGGCGGGGCACCGGCGCAGAGUGGCAGUACACUGAAGAUCCGCGUGGGGCAUACGUGAAGAGCGGCGACAGAUAUGUGAAGAUGCCAGAAAUGCUUUAUUACAAAGCCGCAACUUCUUCCACCAGCGCCGAUCCAGCAGCCCCAACUACAACAACCUUCGUUCCGGUUCCCGAAACCACGUACCGCCGUCGGGUGAAGAACAAGGCCUCAUCUUCGGUGACCUGGGACCCGGCGUCGACCACGAGUUUUUCGCCUGUGGUGGUCCAGGAGGUGGUGUACGAAAAGAAUCCGGAUCACCGAUCGUCCCUCUCCAUCGAAAGAUUGGACUUUUCUGGAAACAAUGGCCACGCGUCUGGCUCAGCGACCAGCAGCCGCUCGCCGUCGAAGUCGAUUUCCGCAGAACCGCGAAUUUUCUACCGGGACGAACGAGGCAACGCGUAUGUGCCCGUUCCGGAGGAGUUGUAUUACAAAAACUCCGCGAGGGAGUACGUGCCGAUCCCGCCCGAGCGAUUUUCUCUGCACCCGGACGGCGCGUACCGACGCGACCAACGUGGCAGGUUCGUCAAAAAGCCAGACACUGAGCAAAGGGUCACGUCCGGGUCAAUCCGUCAGUCGUCCGAAAUGCGAACCCAUGAGUUGUUCGAGGAGCUGUUUCUCCCUCCUGCCUCCACCGCACUGCCGUCCAGUCCGCUCAGUCGGCAGAACACCCUGGAGCAAACGCCCCUGUUCUACAAAGUGCGAAGCAGGGCGGGCGCUGGAUCCGCGAGGGGGCCUGCGGCGACGUCGCAUCUAACCGAGUACUUCGAGGUGUUGCCUCCAAAUCUCUUCUUGCAAAACGACGACGGAAACUUCACCCCGUGGGUAGGCAUCCCGCCCACGAUAGGUCUACGUCCAGGGCGCUCGUCCGGCGCACUGGAAGUUGAUGACCGACCUCCGAUGCAAGGCCAACGAAGUAGAAGUCACAGUAGAAGCGGCCUCUUGAUGCAGGAGGAAAACGAUCGGCAGGGUCAGAUACAACCAGGUAACGACAACGAAGAUUUCUCGCAGAUACUUUCCGAUGCAAGUGCCGCGGAUCCGAAGGAGCUUUUGCAACGCGGGCCGUUUUUCGCGCAAACCGUGACCCCGCCGAACAGCUACGUGCGGAAUCGCGAUGGCACGUUCUCAAAGAUCCCGGACGAGCGGUUUUUGCUCAACGAAGAAACCAACAGUUACGAACAGAUUCCGCCGGCAAGUACAGACGGGGACAAGGCGGGCAACAAGGGGUCGAAAAUCUACGUACCGACCCGUCAGCCGCAGCCAGUGUUCUACAAAAACAGGAAGACCAACACUUUUUUGCGCAUCCCCGAAGAUACGUUCUCGCGGACGAGCGCGGGCGCGUUCCUAAAGAACCCGCCAUUUUCCAAGUCGGUCGCGCCCGUGGUCAUGGACGGCGACGACUCCUCCUCGGUCUUGGAAGCGGGCGGAGACGCGGGCGAAAACACGGUCGUCGUGGAGGAUCGCGGAAGCAAGCCGCUUUUUGGCGCCACCAUCCGCAGUGAGACGGAAACCAACAGCGAAGUGGACUUUGACACGCAACAGAAGCGCAUGCAGCGCAUGCUCCGCGAGAAGAGCAGCAGUCUGGACGAGAUCGUUGGCAGGUACUCGCUGCCGCCGGAAAUCGCUGGCACGGAGAAAGAGAUCCUGCUCGAAACCCAGGACGAGAAAGGGGAAGAGGCCGCACCAGGUACUGCGAGAGCUUCGGCCAGACGAGCGUCGCGCAAACGAACCCUGGACCGCGCGGCGACGCCACAGAUGCUCGGUGGGGGGACAUUUGAUCAGAUCGAGCCGGCGAGGACGAGAGGUGAGGACGCAGAGGUAUAUAGUCAGGAAGACAGUGCGUCACAGUCCGGCGAGACUGGUGGUAGGAAGCCGCAGAACUUUGUGGCGUCUUUACAUCGACUGGAGGACGCAGUCGAGGCGUUGCGGAGUAUUCGGGAGGACCACGGCACGGCAGCCGCGGGCUCCCGGGGGACCAGUGCCGCCAGUAGACCCGGCCGUGGUGGUACAGGGGCGGCGACGCACCACGUACUAAACAUAGCCGGUGGUCGUGGUGGGAUAUCCCGCGGUGCGGCGUCUGCAAACGACGGACUCGACGAUCCAUUUGCGUCUUUUACGCGAAAUUACGAGUUGGCAAUCGAUGACGUGUCCGAGGUCGCAGAUCCGUCCCAAGAUGGCAGCCCGCUCUCGCAACUACUGAAAGAGACGAAGCGAGAACGUACUUGAUGUCAAUUCCUUGUCUGGUUUGAAACAGAACUCCAAUGCAGUACGCAGCUUGUGUUUAUCUUUAUUUGUAGAUCAAUGAUGUCCUCCAUUUGCCAGCUACAGAAAUGAGACAUACUCUGAACACACUUACUUAAUUCCUCAUUGCAGUUUCGGCCGUCCAGAGCAAUAAUUUGUCGUCCCGUUCGCGCGGCCACCUGAGCACACGAAACGCAGCGGCGCAGCCGGACGUGAGCCCGCUGUCGAAAUUUCUCGAAACGCAAGCGGACAUCAGGAGCUCUGUCACCUACCCGGAUCGGCAGCGCGGCAUCGAACUCUCCGGUGGUGUGAGCAGCAUGGAGCGCUACGGCAGCGCCGGCGGUGGCGGUGGGGGCGGCUUGACGUUUCUGCACGGGAGGGGGCCAUUCGCCAAAUCCGGGUCGUCUUCGUCCGACGACGUUUUGGAGGCACCGCGCGCUGCGCUAUCCUCCUUUCAGGAUGCGCCACCGUCCGUACGUGACACGGUCCUGCCGCAGUUGCGCCAGCAGGUGAUGCAAACGCAGGGUCUGUCGGAAGACAUCCGAUCACAAUUGUUGGACAUCUUCAAGCCGCCGGUAGUGUCACCAAGCCGUCCAGGAAGCCGGCACUCGACGCGAGGGGGCCGGUUCUGA